AGAUCCUGAUCUGCGCACCGUCAUUUUCUCUCGACGACCUCUCGCCAUGCCUCGAUUCUUCACUGGCGACGAGCUCGGCUCCGUCAAAUCUGUCCGUUACUUACAGGACAGCGUCGAAAAACAAUGGAAACCGGAGGUACACAUAAUCUCGAGCACUCCAGCUGAGGCAAGGCCUGUACCCGUGCAGAAGCUUGCCUUCUCCGUCGUCGGAACAGACAAAGUAUUAGCUGCAGCCCGUGGUGAUGGCUCUGCGUCAAUAUACCGCAUCCAGGAGGACGAAUCCGUCUCUUCUGUUGCUGAAUGGAAGGAGGCGCGGCUGAAACCUGGGCAACGCUACGUCGGGUUGUCGGUAUCGGAGAAGCGGGUAUUCUCAUGUACAUCGAACGGUGCGCUGCGUGCGACAACCCUAGGAGAAGGGGACUCUGCACCGUCAGCGCAAACCUCUGUGCUACCUAUGCGGCUAUGUGAGUGGAGGCUCUCACAUGACGCACAGACGUUUGCGUAUGGGGGUGAUGAGGUAGAGUUGUCCGUCUGGGAUACCGAAAGAGCCUUCGCUCCCCGAGAUAAUAUCCCUGCCGAUGCCGAGAGCAAAAAGAGGAAGAGAGGCGGCGAACUGCUCCCUGGAGAAGUCUGGAGAGCAAAAAAUGUACCCAAUGACGGUCUAAGCCUGCGGCAGCCUGUCCAUAACACCUCCCUGACAUACCUCCAACCCUCAUCUUCCGCCUCCUCACAUCACUUACUUGUGGGAACGCACCAUGGCCACGUACGCCGGUACGACACCCGCGCCGCGCGCCGGCCGGUAGCCGACUGGAAGGGCAUCGGGAAAGUCGGUGGAGUCAGGAUGGUUGAGAACGGGCUCGCAGAGCACGAGGUAUUCGUCUCAGAUAACGGCUCGAACCUCUUUGCUCUCGACCUCCGCAACGGACGCGUCAUUUACGGGUACAAAAGUAUCGCCGGUGCGGUGUCCUCCGUCGCACACUCGCCCUCUGUCCUCGCCUCCGUAGCGCAAGACCGCUUCCUCCGCCUGCACAGCACGUUCCCGCCGCCGAAGGAGCCCGGGCAGCAGCAGGAGCACAAGGGCGAAGUCCUAGACAAGCUGUACAUGAAGGCGGUACCGACCGUCGUGGUGUGGGAUCAGAGUGCAGAUGCCUCACAAGCAGUGCAGGGUGCCGAGGAGGCAGGGGAGGAGGCGGAUGAUGACGAUGAUGUGUGGGACGCGAUGGAAGACGUAGAGGACGAGGAGACGGAGGGUAGACGGAGCGGGAAGAAGAAGAGCAGAACGGCGGAAUGAAGGUCCCGAGAACUCGCCUCGUUACGUCGUUAUAACUCGGUACUUAGCUUCUUGUCUCACGUACUGCCCAAUCUCCUGAGCACCUCGGGGGAUCGUCUCGUCUUCGCCAUCUCCUUGCCGAGCGCCUCGAAGCAGGCAGGGCUCAAAACUGUUGGGCCGCGCUGGCCACAUGCC